CAGUUUGUAAGAUGUAUAAUUCAAAGCUAUUUGUUUUCUGUUUAUGGAAAUUUUCUUAAAUAUAAAAGAAAAAUUAAGGUAUAGAUCACAAACUCAAAAUAUAAUUCACGAAAAGGAGGAGAGACCGAGAGGACCCACAUUGGUUUGAAAGUGAAAGAAAACAGCCAUUGGCAGCCGAAGUUUGCAAUUGAGGUGAAAGAAAGGAGCGUUGGCUAAUGGCUAUCGUUUGAUUUGGUUCUUCAAAUAAUAAUAAUAAUAACCCAAUGUGAAAGAAAAAAGAAAACCUUCGAAUCCAACUCUUGAACAAUGCUUGUUUAUUCCUUUAUCACUCACUUUAAAUCAUUAGCCACUGCCGUUUCGAAAUUCCCAAUCUUCUUUUUUCUCUGAUUUCGGAACUUUUUUCACUACUGGGAAAGAAUACUUGGGCAAUGAUUUCAAUUCCAUGUCAACUUUAUUUUGUUGAGUUGUGAAGAAUUUGUGUUUGAUUAUAUCUAGUUGAGUAUCUUCAGAAAACCCAAUUUGUAGAUUUGAGGCUUUUUUUAUCUUUAUUGACAAUGGAGCACCUACCAGUUGAAGUCAUUGGAAACAUUUUGUCUCGGCUUGGAGGUGCCCGGGAUGUCGUGAUAGCCUCUGUAACAUGUCGGAAAUGGCGAGAAGCUUCUCGGAAACACCUUCACACCCUAGCAUUUAACUCUAAUGAUUUGCCUCCUUAUCGUGAUAUUACCCCUAAACAAUUAGAGAUCCUGAUUACUCAAACAAUAUUCCAAACUACAGGAUUGCAAGGCCUAUCAAUUUUGAUGGAUGAUGUUGAUGAGUUCUCGGCUUCUACUGUUAUUGCGUGGCUCAUGUAUACAAGGGAAACCUUGCGCCGGUUGUUUUAUAAUGUACGGACUAGUCCGAAUGUUAACAUUCUUGAAAUUUGUGGGAGGCAAAAGCUGGAAACAUUGGCACUGGCCCACAAUUCAAUAACAGGGGUUGAACCUAAUUUUCAGAGAUUCCCUUGUUUGAAGUCUCUCUCUUUGAGUCAUGUUAGUAUUUCGGCUUUGGAUUUGAGCCUUUUACUUACUGCAUGUCCGAAACUUGAGAGCCUAGAACUUGUCAAUCUGGAGAUUGCAAUGUCAGAUGCACAAGUGACUGUAGAGUUGAGCUGCCCUACAUUAAAGAGUAUUUAUGUCGAAGCAAUUAGUUUGGAUAAAUUUAUGCUGGAGGCUGACAGUAUCGAGCGUUUGCACUUGAGGGAUUGUGCCCUUGAACUUUUUGAACUGAUUGGGAUAGGCACUUUAAAAUAUUUCAAGAUUGAUGAUGUUAGCGUGAUACAUCUUGACAUUGGUGAGACUAUCGAUAAUCUUGAGGUUGUUGAUGUCAGUAACUUCACAAUCAUCUGGCCAAAGUUCUACCAGAUGAUUUCAAGAUCUUCAAAAUUGAGGAAGCUUCGGCUUUGGGAUGUGGCCUUUGAUGAUGAAGAUGAGGUUGUGGAUUUGGAAACAAUUGCUGUAUGUUUUCCACAGUUGAAACAUCUAGCAUUAAGUUACGAAUUGAGAGAUGGUGUCAUGCAUUAUGGUCUCCAAGGGUCUUCUAAUUUGGAGAACGUGAUGGUGCUGGAGCUUGGAUGGACUGUAAUUAAUGAUCUCUUCUCGCAUUGGGUUGAGGAGCUGCUAAAACGGUGCCCAAAUCUUAGAAAAAUGAUUAUUUUUGGGUCUGUCUCUGAAGUCAAGUCGCAUGAAGAAUGCCAGAUAUUGGCCAAUUUCACCUCAUCUAUUGUUCAGCUGAUGAGGAAAUAUAUGAAUGUAGAGGUGCACUUUGAAUUUGAGUAAAUUCGCUCAAUUGCAUUGUUAACUUCAAGUUUUGCUUCAGUUAUGAAUUAUAUGAUCAGAUUUGCAGGUAAGAUUUACAGAAUGUAAAUCCUAAACAUUUCUUUUAUUUUACGAUGUCUUAUGAAUGAUUGCUGGAAUUGCUUCAGCUUGAUUCAAAAUAUAUAUGCAAUCAGAAGAAUACUGUUGUCUUUUCACUCA